GAGCCGUACGGCAUGGGUUUGCGGGGCUCGGUGCUCCCAGGAUCGUCUUCCCCUCUGGAGGAGUGAGCGGGGUCCGGGUGUGCGCCAGUCAUGGAGUUGGGAUGCCGGGCGGUGUGGAGGCGCUGUGCCGGGAACUGGAGGACUUUUAUGGCUGCUGCAGUGACUCCAGCCAAGGUGACCCGGGGGGUGAUGUGUGUCCGGGAUCCCCCCCUCCUCUCCCCGGCUCCAUGGAUGAGGAGGAGGCUGUGUAUGAGCGCUCGGAGCCGCCUGUGCUGGAGCUGUCAGUGUGAGAUCAGUACAUCGGAGCUCUUCUGUCCUUCCUGCCGGUCACUGCAACCUCCGGAUCUCACCAAGGAUUACUUCUACCUCCUCCAAUGUGACCGAUCGUUUGAUGUUAAUGUCCCGGAACUGCAGAAGAAAUACAGGGAUCUCCAGAGGUCACUUCAUCCAGAUUACUUUAGUCAGAAGCCACAGGUUGAGCGGGAUAUUUCUGAUCAACAAUCUUCUUUAGUUAACAAAGCGUACAAUACGUUGCUGUCUCCAUUAAGCAGAGGAAUUUAUCUGUUAGGUCUUCAUGGCAUUACUUUUACAGAAGGGACAGAGGAAGGCAUAGAUGCACCGUUUCUGUUUGAAAUCCUGGAAGUCAAUGAACAGCUUAAUGAAGCAACUACUGAUGCGGAAAUUGAAGAAAUAGGAAACGUUGUACAAGAAAAAUGUCAGAUGUUGACUGAAAAUGUCAAAGAAGCCUUUCAGAAAGAUGAUCUUGAAGGUGCCAAGAAGUUCUUGACAACAAUGAAAUACUAUACGAAUAUUCUUGAGCAAGUAAAGAAGAAAAUACUUCCAUAACUGCUUUUCACCAACGCCUGCAACUUAGAAAAUGGAAUAAUAUUCUUCAAGCCUUACACUGCGCUUAUUGGAAACGGCGACUGUUUUAGCCCCAAUCGCUGCCUGUAAUGCAUAGUAGAUUGUGCUGAUCUAGAAGAUUUAUAAUGGUACGUGGUAAUGGUACAGUCACUGUUCAACAGAUUUUAGUACUGUGGACUGGUUGAUUAGCCACCCUUUUUGUAGUAAAAACUAACAUGCAGCAUUUUUUCCAAUGCAACGUGCUACAUGGCACGGAACUGGUGGUACACUGCAACACGCAUGCAUCAGAAGUCUUGCCUUAGCAUGUUGUGGCGACAUCCAUUUUGAAUGACACCCCAAUGCACUAAUGCGUUUAGCAUAACGCAAUUGGGAAAGUGUAAAUGAGCCCUGAACUGUUUAGAGAGUUGCCCUAUUAUGGGCAAUGUUAUUGUAGAAAGUUCUAUCCACUACAAGAAAGCUACCUUUUUACUAUCGUUUGUUUGUUUUUUAUUUAUAUGUGGUGCAAUAAUAUAUAAUUAAAUUUAUAUAUUUUAAGACAA